GUUUGUUUUUUUUUUUUGCUGGGAAUGUAACCUGCUGCCCCUGAUUUCUUGUGGCGAUUAUGGGUGUUGCACGAUAAUUGGAGGCAAUUUACGAUCGGAUCUGGAGGUUCAAAGUCAGGGUCACAGAGCGCUGAGACUUUGCCGUCAAGUCAAUCCGAGUUUUGUGUACACCCUGCUUUUUGGCAAGUUAAAUCCUAGUUGAGAUGACCGGCCAAAAGGAGGAGAUCUUGGGCUGUGACUUUGAGGUGCGUGGCAAGUUGCCCAAGGAAGCCUUCGAGCUGUUUGCAGUGGUCCAGGCCAAUACACUGGGACUGCGGGGAUUCAUCACCCAGGUGUCCGAGGAGAAGUUCAAGGGUCGUCUGGAGGGCGAGGGCAAGGUGAUCGAUGCCUUCAAGAAGUUCAUCCUGGCCGCCUCCGAGUUCGUGCAGGCCAUCAAGGAGUUCAUCAUCAAGAACCUGAAAGUCAUCAAGGAAUACACCUACAAGACCUUCGAAAUCAAGGUGGAACGGAAAUGAUCAAAGGAGUAGCUUCAAUUAUCAAAAGUUCUAUCCAUUAUGAUUUGCCUAAUAUGUUUGAUGUAUGGAUGUAACGAGGUAUUUUCCGAAUAAAAUUGCACAGAUUUAACACAGA